AUGACGUCCAUCACCACUGCUCGCCCAUCAUUGACAUCAAAUGAUUCGGCUGUACUACAAGCUCUAUUUGAUGCCGAAUCCUCUCCAUCAUCGGGAUUCACCGUUGAUUCAUCGCUACCACCAUGGCCAGCAUCUGUGAACAUUUCUGAAACAGACUUGGCAUCGCUCAAGCAGCGUGAAACAGACAUUAUCCGCAAGCUGCAAUCGAACAAAUCACCAAGUAUAGAGACAGUCCAGUCAGCACUGGACGACUUUGACACUCUCAUCACCGAGCAUCCAACAUAUCCCUCCGCAUACACAAACCGAGCACAAACACUCCGCCUGCUGGUCGAUCUGACCUACAGCAAAGAAGCGGGUAGUGAUCAAAGCACUGAGGGCGAGAUAUCCGAUGCGGCUCUCUUUGCCCCACAAACCUCCCAGCUCUGCUCCCGCAUCUUCUCUGACCUAGGUCAGGCUAUAACCUUUGCCACGCCUGCCUCUCCUGCCGAUGCGGUGUCGACAACCCAGGCGCGGUUAUUGGCUGACGCGCACACGCAUCGGGGAUACUUGCUUCUCAAAGCGGCGCGCAUGAAGAAGGCUGGCUCGGGUGAUGAGGCGGGCCCGGAGCGUCUGCGUGCACUUUCGGCUGAUCAGCUUGAGGAAAUGGCUAGUCGGGAUUUCUUUUUUGGGGGUCGCUAUGGGAAUAAGGUUGCGCAGCAACUUUCUGUGCAAACGAAUCCUUAUGCUAAGAUGUGUGGGGCUAUUGUUAAGGAGGCGAUGAAGAAAGAGCUUGAGGGGUGA